UAUCGAAAGCGAGACAAUCGUGGCGCUGUUUGCGGCAGCCGAGUAAGGGGAGGAGGAAAUUUGCGAAAAGGAGCUCCAAUGUCCGGGGUGGUGGGGAGAUAAGUACUGCCGCCGUGUCACCCUGCGACCCGCCCCGCCUGUGGAGAAAGAAUCACAGGAAGAUCCACUGAAAUGGGAUGGAGUUUCGAGUCGGAGUUCGUAGUGGUCUCCAUUGACCUUCUUUGAUUUACUCUGAAAAUAACUGAGACUUGUCACACGGUGAAGGCUCGCUCGCCAUUUCCAUUUCUGUUCAACGACGACGCCCACCAAAAGCUGAUGUGUCUCCUGUCUGGGUGUCGCUAUUUGCGCUCUCGGAGGGCGUUCAUGACAGGGUCUUUUCUCCACGGUGGAUUGUUCUCGUCUCAGUUCCCGCUCUCAGGGUUGUGACCCUGAGUGUCAUUCCAAAUUGAGUACAUGUGGGCAAUUCAACCGCCCCAGCAAAGUUUGGACAAUGGGCCCAGCUGUGAACUCUCAUGGACCUGGUAUAGGUGUGAGCGCGUCUCUUGAAUUACUGCCAAUCGAGAUUUUGACUCGGAUCCUGAGCUUGAUACGUACUCAUGACUUAACUAGAGCUGCUCAAGCAUGUAAAGCUCUCAGUGAUGCCUGCGACAGAGUGAUAGGAACGCUUACUCAUUUGGAUCUGAAAAACGUGGGAGCUAAUUUGGAUGAUUUUACAUUCUCCAAAUUGUCCAAGAAACUAGGGCCAAAUCUAAAAAGCCUAGAUGUGGAUUGUUGGCAUCUCUCCGAGGACUCACUCAAAAAUCUGCCCAAAGGGCUCGAAGAACUUGCUCUCUGUGGAUGUGAUCUUCAUACCAGUAGAAUCAUCAGCAAUGUCAUUGAUAGCACUCGUGGGAGUCUACGUCGCUUCGCCUGGUCAGGCUUUGGAUGUACUCCAUCAGCAGGUGCCUUCGAGCGGCUUUUAUUCAACUCACCGAAUCUGACAUCUUUCAGGAUUGACAGCCUGAUUCAAAACAUCGACGUCAACGUAGUUGUUCGUGCUAUGGCAGAUUUGUGUCCUUUUGUGAAUGAUUUGAGUGCCUUCGAUUUAACCAUGGAAACCUUUUCCUACAUCAAGCAACGUGGAACUCAGCUGAAGAAAUUGCGACACAAAAGGACUCUGGGUUCAUCAAUGGGGAUAACCGAUGCAUCCUUAGUUACGAUAACGCUGAUGUGCCCAAGUCUUGAAGAACUCAAUCUUGUCGACGAAUGUUUUCUGCCUACUGGAGUGGAGGUACGCCUUCAGAAGCAUUUAGAAGGCAUUGAAGGAAAUUCACUCUUAUCGACUACCCGCAAACUGGAGAAAUAAGUGAGAAAGUUCAGAGAUCAUUUUCCUGUCGACUCCUGAUGAUGACUUCAUAAGAGAACUUCAGCCUUGCCAGUGUGGUGUAGGCCGCCGGUUGACGUUGGCGAGUCUUUGCGGCAAGCUUACUCACGUGGAGUUGAUUAAUUUCAAGCGGCUGAGCGACCCACCAGCGUAUGAGCUUAUUCAGAGAUGCCCAAGGUUAGUGGAGGUGGAUUUCAGUUACAGCUCAAUUACCGAUGCAACUCUUGAACUCCUCUCGGAACAUUGCAAAGGGAUCCGUACCGUGCGUGUGAAGGGUUGUCGAUUGCUGACAUCCAGAGGGUUGCGAGCAUUGGAGCUCUGUGGAUCACUCGAAGUACUCAAUGCAGGAUCGGCAUCAGGGUUUUCGGAUUCAGUAAUUUCAACGAUCUGCUCCGGAAAUCCGAACCUCAAAAUUCUUGUACUUAGUUUUGCUCCGCUGACAGACAAUGCGUUGAAGCACAUUUCCAUGUGCCAUCACAUGCAGGGGCUUGCAAUUCAUGAGUGCAACAGGAUCACGAAUGUCGGCCUUAACGUGAUUGCCAAAGGGUGUCCCCAACUGCGUUUCGUGUCGUUCAGCUAUUGUGAACGUAUUACAGAUGCAGGGGUCAUCGCAUUGGCAGAAGGCUGCUCACAACUAAUGAAAGUACAGUUAGAUGGGUGUAAACUUCUCUCUAACCCGUGUGUCCGGGCUCUAUGCCAAAAGGCUCCGAGGUUGCGGUACCUUAGCAUGAACCAAUGUCCAAAGCUCUCUGACGAUGUGUUCCAACACCUCCUGGAUGGUGCCUCUUUGCGCUUUAUCGUAUUGGGAAGCCCAAAACUGUCAACUGAAAAUACGAUGGCCUUUCAUCUUAAGAGACAACUUGUAGAGCUUCUCAUCGAUGGAAAAAGGUUUGUUGCGUCAACGGUCAUUUCCGGGAAGAAGUAGUGGGAGAUCUUCUGACAGGACUGAAGACACAGGUGUGUCACGAGUCCGACGAACUCGCCAGAGCUGAACAACGAGCUUAUAUCAUACCUUUGGAUAUACAUGGGUGGUUUAGUGGAUAUAAACUUGGUAAAAUUCAACUCGUUUGGGAUCAUGAGUUACAUGUAGUUAUUCAGUUGCUGUAGAGAUACUUUAUGUGCAUGAUUUUUAUCGAAACACCUUCUUGUAAAUAUAAGUCAGAAGAGAUGGCUUUACG